UCCGCCGGACCCGCCAUCUUGCAGUAAAUCGCAAAAAUGACGAACACAAGAGGAAAAAGGCGUGGAACCCGUUAUAUGUUCGCCAGACCCUUCCGUAAACAUGGUGUUGUUCCACUUUCAACAUAUAUGCGCAUCUACAAGAAGGGUGAUAUUGUGGACAUAAAGGGAAUGGGCACAAUUCAAAAAGGUAUGCCCCACAAAUGUUACCAUGGCAAGACUGGCAGGAUUUACAAUGUCACUCAACAUGCUGUUGGAAUUAUAGUGAACAAGAAACUCAGAGGUAAGAUUCUUGCCAAAAGAAUAAAUGUGCGUGUUGAACAUAUUCGCCACUUUAAGAGCAGAGACAGCUUCCUGCAGCGUGUCAAGGAGAACGAAAAGAAGAAAAAGGAAGCAAAGGAGAAGGGAACUUGGAUUGAGCUUAAACGUCAGCCUGCCCAUCCCAGAGAGGCACACUUUGUCCAGAACUUCGGCAAAGAUCCAGAGCUCCUUGAGCCAAUUCCAUACGAGUUCAUGGCAUAAUUUACUUCAAUUAAAAACCUUUAAAAAAAAAAAAAAAAA